CCAGUACAUCUCCAUCACAGGAAUCGUUUGCGACGUUCAACCCUUAUUAUUUCAUUGGACAUAAUAAAGGUAGGAACGUUUCGUGUCAGCAAGAUUGUGUUGGAAAGGAUCAAAACUAGUAACUUGAAAAUUACACAUUGGCGAUCCUGCCAGAAACCGAUCAAUAUGGCAGGAAAUGGCAGUAAAACCGGAACGGUUACUACAGAAGGCUUACUGCAACAGGGAGCAGAAGGUAAACUGUACGUUGCUGAUUACAACGGAACUCGGUGUCUGGUAAAGGAACGAUUCAUGAAAAAAUAUCGUCACCCGGACUUGGAUAAACAAUUGACCCGACAACGGAUCAAAGCGGAACAGAGAGCAUUCGAAAGGUGCAAGGCUGCUAAUGUUAUUACCCCUAAACUGUUAGGUGUAGAUUUGUCCGAACGAAAAAUCUAUAUGGAAUAUCUGGAUCGUGCGACCGUCGCGAAACGAUAUAUCGAUGAAGCAGCUUUGGAAGGAACUAAAAAUAACCCAAAAAUAUGUCAGUUGGCUGAAGAGAUCGGACGAUCGGUAGGUAACCUUCAUAGCCAUAACAUCAUUCAUGGAGAUCUGACAACAUCCAAUAUGUUGCUUGAUCCGGUCUCCGAUGCCAGCGAAUCUGGUCUUCCUUACCGGCUGGUUAUGAUCGAUUUUGGUUUGACGUUCCAUUCAUUCAACGUUGAAGACAUGGGAGUGGAUUUGUAUGUACUGGAGAGAGCUCUUUUGAGUGCCCAUAGCCAAGUACCGGAGCUGUUUGAAUUAGUGCUCCAGAGUUACAAGGAACACAACACGCACAAGUUAACGGAAAUUAUUUCGAAGUUUGAUGAGGUUCGUGCGAGAGGCCGUAAAAGAACGAUGAUCGGUUAAUGUAAACAUUUGAAGGUAUAAUAAACUUCAACACGUAACAUUAAAUGUUUAAUUGUGCAAUAAACAAGACACCGUUUAUGUUAUCAAACCAA